AACAUAGAUAUACCGCCGUCGUCAACAUAUCGAAUGACCAACAUCCUGAUCACCCGCUAUGUGGUUGCUCAAGACUGCCUGUGCCGAACUAGAGUUCUUCCCUACACCCGAGAGUGUGCCCGGGGGAUACGCGAUCCUCUCUCACGUCUGGGACGAACACGAGAAUACCUUCCAGGACAUCCAGGCAUUUCGUGCAAAGUGCGCCGAAGCCCCCGCUGAGCCCAGUGCCGGGUCCCCCGCCAACCUUGAUACCACUUCCCACCCCACUACUCCUAUCACGCCUCGCGAUCUCGUCUCGCAUAAGAUCCGCAACUUCUGUAUCCUUGCAGAGAAAGAAGGAUACGAGUAUGGAUGGGCCGACACAUGCUGCAUCGACAAGACCAGCAGCGCAGAACUCACCGAAACGAUCAACUCGAUGUAUCGCUAUUACUCCCUCGCUGACAUUUGCUUCGCGUACCUGUUCGACGUCCCGACCGGCCCGAUCGACGUCCUCGAACAGCCUAAAUCCGCAUUCCAGGAGAGCAAGUGGCACCGACGUGGAUGGACACUGCAGGAGCUCAUUGCACCUGAGUCCGUCAUGCUCCUGUCGCAGAGCUGGGAACUGUUGGGGUCGAAAGCAGACCUAGCUCCUUUGCUGGAGAGCAUCACUAAGGUCCCAGCCCCUCUCUUGAGGAUGAACACGAAGCCGAGUGACUACUGCGUCGCUGCUCGCAUGGCGUGGGCGGCAAAUCGGGAGACGACGCGACCCGAGGACGAGGCGUACUCCUUGAUGGGGAUCUUCGGGAUCUUCAUGCCUGCGCUCUACGGCGAGGGAAGGAAUGCGUUCUUAAGGCUCCAAGAAGAAAUCAUGAAACGCUCGCAAGAUUUUUCGAUCUUCGCCUGGGGUGAUCUGAGGACCCUUGAACCUCAUGAGGCCGAGCCGCUCUACUCAGUGGGACUGAGCCCCUCACCCCCAGCCAGUGACGGCAUCUUCGCCCACUCCCCCUCGGACUUUCUCAUGGGACAUGACGUCGGGCUCGCAGCCGCCACCUCACGGACGUCGUGGCAUGAUGUUGCACCUGAGCGUCGUCUUCGUCGCGCAGCAGGAUCAAGGAGGCGGCCCACAUUUCAUCUUACGCCCUACGGCCUCUCUGCCGACGUACUGCUCUUCCACCUCGCGGUUGGUCCUAGUGUUGCCAUUCUGUCAGGCGUCCAAUUGAAAGGCCCAACUCGGCGCAAUAUCGGUCUCCUCCUCCAGCGCUCUGAAGAGACUCUGGAUUCAAAGCGCCAUCUGUACACAGUGCUUGACAUCCCCUUCCGCACGCAUGAACGUGGUAUUUGGACGGGACACCUGGUUCCGCUAGAUGCAGACAAUCGGGUUCUUUGGAAGGGAUACCUGGAUGAAGACGCACUGGUUCUUCACAAGAACAACUGGAUGCAAAGUCCCGUCCUGUGGGAGUCCAUCUGCAUUUCCACCGACGGCACACAUUCUGCGUCGCUCAAGCCUUUAAUCGAGCUUAGUUCGAGCCUACGCCACACGCCGUUCCGUGUUCCCCCAUCUCACGUUCGGGAAUUACAGAACAGUCUCAGUACGCGCAACCUUAUUGACCGGUUGUCAGUUAUCCCUUAUCCCCUUACGGGGAACCCACAUCCCGUACCAGUCGCGAUUAUGAUCAACGCCACUCGACACAAACUGGGAAGGGUUGUGCAGUGCAACAUCGUCUAUCUGGGUAUCUGCUCCGCUACAACGCCCGGCUGUCACUGGGCUCUUGUUGCGGAAGAACAGGGCCCACCGUUAGUGCCAGCAUCGCACGACUGCUCCGAGCACCACAUCGACGACUGGCACGAUCAAACGCGUGCCUUCACUAUCACAUCAUUCUCAUCGCACUGGCGCCCGGGCUUGCCUCGAGACUCUCAUCAGGAUGAGAUCAGAUUGACUUUCAGGCGCUCUCACCUGGACCCUGCAACCCGGAUAAUGCAUAUCAAAUUCGUAGUGGCACCCGAACUCGAGGAUUCGGGGCGGUUGCGCACCACCGCCUCCAUGGAUCUAAGCGAAUGGAACAGGAUACAUGAUCCAGGAGAGGUUACCGAAAGCGAUGAAGAGCGUCGCGAUGCGUGAGUAUGAGGAUGAACCAGGAGCAUGGAACCCAAUUCGUAGGCAGUGACGAUCAGUGUAUGAACCUAGUAGCACCUUCU